UAAUAUGUCAUCGUAUAUUGAAUGCAUCAACCUUUAGAGCUUGAAUUCAUUGUUUGUGUAAGAAUGCUUCGUGAACAUGAUGGUCGUGAUUACUGUCACAAAUAGUAAUUGCAUUCAACAAAUUGUUCUCUCAGGAUGAAAUUUACAACAUAAGGCCCCAUAUUCCACGAUGGACUCAAACUGGACCUUCCACACGGGCCUGAGGUCCCCAAACCUAACCAACACCACCGUGAGCCUGCAGGAGAACUUCGAGAUCGACCUGGAGGACACUAAUUGGAUCCUGACUUCAUCCUUCAUUAUCUUCACCAUGCAGACUGGUUUCGGCAUGUUGGAAUCAGGCUGUGUUUCUGUGAAGAAUGAAGCCAAUAUCAUGAUGAAGAAUCUUGCUGACAUCUCAUUGGGAGGGUUGACGUACUGGAUAUUUGGCUACGGGCUAUCAUUUGGCCAGGGCAAGUUCUCGAACCCGUUUAUAGGAGUUGGGGACUUCCUCCUGGACCCCCCGGUAGGAGACGCUCUCAUGGGACCAGUGUUCGCCUCGUUUCUGUUCCAACUUUCCUUCGCUACCACUGCCACGACCAUCGUCAGCGGAGCUAUGGCCGAAAGAUGUAAUUUCAAAGCAUACUGCCUGUUCUCUUUCCUGAACACUAUAGUAUACUGUGUUCCUGCGGGUUGGGUUUGGGGACAACAUGGCUUCUUGAACAAACUGGGUGCAGUUGAUAUCGCCGGCUCGGGGCCCGUGCAUCUUAUUGGUGGUUCAUCAGCGUUCGCGUCGGCACUGAUGCUGGGCCCUCGACUAGGAAGAUACGCCAAGGGCUACGCUCCCCUGCCCUUGGGGAAUCCGGUCAAUGCAGUGAUGGGGACCUUCGUGCUCUGGUGGGGAUGGCUUGCUUUUAACUCUGGCAGUACAUACGGGGUAAGUGGCGCUAAAUGGCAGUACGCAGCGAGAGCCGCGGUUAUGACUAUGAUGGGGUCGUUCGGCGGAGGUUCAUUCGGUCUGCUAUUCACGCUGCUGAAGAACAAAGGCCGGGCUGACGUGAUGGACCUUAUGAACAGUAUCCUGGGAUCUCUGGUUUCUAUUACUGCUGGUUGCUUCCUAUAUCGAGCAUGGGAGGCUCUGAUCAUAGGUAUGAUAGGAGCGCUGAUAGCGUCACUGAGUGCUCAGCUGUUUGACCGGCUCAGGGUAGACGAUCCUGUGGGCGCCUCCGCCGUGCAUGGGGCUUGUGGAUUCUGGGGAGUGGUGGCGGUCGGACUGUUUGCUGACAAUCCAAUACCAAUGGAGACCACAAACGGAAGAUCAGGACUUUUUAAAGGCGGCGGUUGGUACCUACUAGGUGUACAGACGUUGACAGCAGUAUGUCUGAUGAUGUGGGCCGGGAUAGUGACGAUGUUGCUGCUGUGGCUGAUAGAUAAGGUGCUGCCCAUCAGAAUGGACCCCUACGAAGAGUUACUGGGCGCAGAUCUAUGUGAUCACCGGAUUAGGCAUGGAAAGGUGGGAGUAUCACGAGCUGUCUCUGCUCUGCGGCCGUUCCACAGAUCCAAUAGCAUAGAAGAGGUUGGCGGCAUUGGAGUUAACGCUGGACAUAAUAUGAUCAUAGACAAACUUACUGAGCUCAAAAUCAAGAAAAACAAAAGAGGACCCCUAAAAAUGUUUACUAACAACGGAUUUAUAGAGGACAGUACUGUGGAACCAAUAUCAUACAGAAACAACGGGUUCCUAAACAAACGACCCGGCAAUCCAUUGAACGAACUCCAUCGAGCUAUAGACUCUAUGGAACUUGAACUCAAUGGCGAGAAAAACGCACAGACUACAGACGCUAAGAAACCAAACGCACAGAUGAUUAAUAUAGAAGAUUUUAAGGGAAAGAGGCAUAAAGAAUUAUCUGUGGCAGAGUUGGAAAUUUUGGGUGAAAUUAAUUCUAGUCAGGAUAGAUUCCGGCACAGGAUAGUGGAAGACGAUUAUAAGGAUGAUGUGUGUAGAAGUGGUGCGGCGUCGCCUAGUUUUAAAUGGAUAGAUUAAAGAUUAUUUUACAAGGAUAUUAUAAUAUUUUAUCUACACCCAUGCUUUAAAUCCUCUAUUAAAGAUUCUAAAACAGUUAGCUUAUUGCCAACAUUAAAACACCCAAUGACCUAAUAACCAUUACAUCAUCCAAACGAGUGUUGUAAUGGUGUACUGAAUUUCAUUACAAAACUCCUUUGUUUUUUUUUCGAUCCCUUCAUGCGCAGAGACAGACAGCCACAUUCUUAUUUCUCGAUGCGUGAUAUCUGUAUGAAUUUAAAAAAAAAGAACAUUUUCGUUUACGCGCGUACCACACUACCAGAAUGUCACGCGGCGUAAAUAAAUGUAGGUUAUCCAAAUCCCCGCCAGUUUUCCUCGAUAUUUUUAUUGUUUUGUUUACCAAAAAUGACCGAUUCAUAUUUUGACAGCACAAUGCCAGAUAUUUUAAACGCUGCAAAAGAGCCAUAAUAUUCAAGUGAAUUUUAAUAAUGAUUGCACUAUACAAUAUGUAAAUUACGAAUAAAAUAAAUAAUUAUUUCGUUAAUACUUAGUUUAUUUGAAUAUAAUCAGUAGGUACUUAAUGGAUGAUAUUAGGUUACUACUAGGACUGCCUAUUUUAAUGUUAGCAGUAAGCUAACUGUUUCAGAGUCUUUUAGAGGAUUCAUAUUCUGGGUGUAGAUAAAGUCUUGUAUGCAACUGUUGAUAAUUAGGUAUUAAAACACUCAUGUGAUACUAUUAUCACACUCGGCUUCACCUCGUUUGAUAAACCCACAUUCGUGUUUUAAUACCCCUUAUUACACAACAGUUGCAUAAAUAACUAUUACAAGGCAGCAGAUAAUAUGUUAUUAAAUCUCGAAAGCGUCUUAAGUUUUGACAGUGAUUUACGCAACAUGUUUACACUAACGCGCAUAUGACAAACAUUAGCUGUUUUUUUUUGUCAGAAUCAGGCUAUCCUCUUUACAUUAUUUUAAAUGUUUCCGAAUAUUGCAUUAACUUAGUAUACGAGCAUAAUAGACAAACACUCUCCUCAUUACGGCGAGACUAAAUUUAAAAUGUUCAUGUGUGCUAGUUUUACAGAUGUGUUAGUGAGUUAGUGCAGCAUGUAGUAUUUUGCUUUUAAACAAUCCCUAUGACAAAUAUUGAUAAACGGCGUCAUCAUAUUCACGUAGGUAUAAAAUAUUAUAUUUUCUAACACAUAUUUUUUUAAUCAAUAUAAUCUUCAGAAAAUAAGAGUGUUUACUGCGUAUACAAAAUAUUUUAGUGAAUAUUAUGUUCUACGAAAAUAAGCACCAAGAAGAAUCAGUAUUAAGCUGUGAAUUAAUGUUUCAUUAUUUGGAUUGUUGCUGUAGAUAACAAUACAAUUUAACACAGAACACGACACGAUUAUAUUUUUAAAUUAAUAUGCGUUAAAACUCAAUUACUUACGAUAAACACUAAAAUUAAAAUCCAAUUUCACAGGAGACUAAUGGACACUAAAAGUGUCCAAACUGUUUCAAAGCGGUUUCACGGUCCAUCUAUUCCGUCUCACCUAGGUUUUUGUGUAAGGUUAGUUAUUUCACUCUCACACAGGUUCUAUUACGCUAUUAUUCUAAGUUUAUGGGUUAUUGUGUAUAUGACGUGUCUAAAUUAUGAUUUCAUUGGUCAUACUUUUUAUUAUUACUAAUAGUAUUCACUUCAAUAAUUAUUAGCGCCAGUAUUACAAAUUAAAAAUACAUUUUGAUGUAAAAUUGCAUGUUAUUAUUUACUUAGGUUUUACGUUAACUGAUUUUUAUCUGAUAGUUGUGUUUUAUUUAAAUUAAAUUAUUUUAUUAAA